AUGGUUGAGGAAGCGCCGCCGAUCGAGACGAUGUUGGCGCAGGCGCCGAAAAUCAACGCCGAACGACUCAAGUGUGAGGCCGAUGAGCGUUUUGAUGACCUGAUUGGCGAGAGGAGAAAGACAGUGCGAACAUUGCUUGAAGAAGCGUUCUCGGAUAAGAUUAAGAAGCUUUGCGAGGAUGCUGCUGGCCGACCGAUUGUUGAAGGAGACCCACCGGUGCCGGUUCCCAGUGUUCCAAUCCGUUUUCGAGCCACAACGGUCGCCUCGCCGGCGCACGACGUUUUCGGCGAGGCGGUGAACAACGUGUUUCAGCGAAUGUUGUCGCGCGGCGCGCCGCCCGAAUUCGCGCACUGGUUCGCCUAUUGGUACGCUUUUGAGCUCGACUGUGAGCUGGGCAACUUGUGGAGCAAUCAGGUGUUCUCGCCGGCGGUUUACUCGACCGACGGCACGAUCGAGGCGUCGAAAAUGUUCAUCGAGAAGAUUUUCGAGUUUGCGCAAAAAGUGCUGCUGCGCACGAAGAAUGACGAGCCGAAAUUGAGGGAGAAAUGGAGCGGAAUCUACGUGUCGGCGGACCAAUUGAAGGGCCGACGAUCGAAGCAGGAGGAUCGAUUCGUCGCCUAUCCGAGUGGCCAGUACGUCGAUCAUUCAAUGGACCCGCCGGCGUUGUUGGGCGUGUUUGACGGGCACGGCGGAGCGGAAUGCUCGAAUUACGCGGCGGCUCAUUUGUGGGAGGAAUGGUCGAGAGCUCGCCUCACUUUUGACGGAUAUCUGAAGGAGUCGCUGAGUUCGGCGAUUGCAAAUUUGGAUGCUCGAAUGACGAAAAGAAUUGAAGUUGAGCACUGGAAAGGAGGGACGACGGCGGUUUGUUGCGCCAUUGAUGUUGAGGAGAAGAAGAUGGUGUUUGCUUGGCUCGGCGAUUCGGCUGGAUACGUGUUGAACAACAUUGAAGUGCGACGAAUUACGAGAGCCCAUUCGCCCGAUGAUCCGGACGAGGCGAAGCGCGUCGAAGCUGCCGGCGGCCAGAUAUUCUCGAUAUGCGGCGAGAAUCGCGUCAACGGCGUUCUCAAUUUGACGCGAGCUCUCGGCGACGUGAACGGACGACCGAUGAUUCUGAAUGAGCCGGAGGUUCAAGAGCUUGACAUUGAGGACAAUGACUAUUUGGUGAUUCUUGCGUGCGAUGGAAUCUCCGAAGUGUUUGAUACUCGCCAACUCUACGAUAUCGUUGAAGCUUUUGUCAAGGAGAAUAACGUUGAAGAGUAUGGCGAUUUGGCUGAUCAUAUCUGUCGCGAGGCCCUUGAUGCGGGAAGCCAGGAUAACUUGACAUGUGUUAUUGGAUUCCUGAAAGAUCCAAAUGAGCUUUGGGAACUAAUGCGGGCGAAUUCGGAUUCGGAUACUGAUGGUCGUGGAACCGACGUCGAACAAGACUCUUAUGAAUCUGAAGAAGCUUAA